GUCGUACAAUAUUUGACUUUACGAACUAAAAUCGAAGGUCGCCUUGGCCGAAACGCCAGGCGAAAUGCAGAAUAUAACUUUCUUCGACCAAUGCAGGUUUUGUGUCUGAAACAUGCUCUCAGUGGGGAUACACUUGCAGUAUUGCCCACUGGAUAUGGGAAAAGUCUCAUUUUUGAGCCGUUGCCACUGAUGAAAUCGAAGACAUCCGGGAUCUCAAUCUCUGGCCCCUGCGUCAUAUCUAUUUAUAUCUGUGGGUGAUGCCUGACCUAAGAUUUUUUAUCAAGAGUCGUCAGGGAAUCUUGAGGCAGGGAACCAGACUUUUUUCGCCCAGACCUUUUUUCCCACAAAAUUCGAUGUUGCUGUAACCACACGGUGGAACGUUUUGUCAAAAGGGUUUGUAGAUCAAAGAUUAAUCGUUUAUGCACGAUUAGGCCUAGGUCUUGCCCACAGACCUCUAGAAUCCGACCUAUCGGAGAGCUUCUGCGAUAGCGCACUCGACUUCCACUUAAUUUAAUACGUCACCUUUAGGGAAUAGCAAAGACGGUAAUCAUUACAAGGCCGAUUCAAUAAUGCUUUUUACAAUGUAAAUUCAGAUGUUUGUUGACCUGAGACUCCAGUAGUAACCUGCUGUCAUGGAUACCGCAGCUGAAGUGGAAGUAAUGUCUCCCAGUGACAAGGCAGUGGUCCACAGACCGAGACGGAUCACUGUCGAGCCGGUGCUGUUUCUGCUGUUCUUUGUACAAGCGGGCAUGAUCACGCUGCGCAGCCAGUACACAGAGCACCGGUUGGCUCAGCGCUACAACUACACAUUGCCAGGAGACAACGCCACAACUUGCGCCAACACUAGCACCAAGGACCCCAUGCAGGUCAAGAUCGAGACAGAAACUGCCACCUGGUCCAUGUACAUGGAGAGCAUGUCUACGCUCCCGCCGAUGGCGACUGCGCUAGUCCUGGGCACGCUCAGUGACUUCACGGGUCGGCGGCCCAUGCUCAUUGUUGGCGCGACUGGGCACAUGAUCGCGGCGACAGUGUGCUUCCUGGUGGCCUAUUUCAAUUGGCCCCUGGCGGUUCUAUUGGGUGGGGAAGCUGUGCUGGGCGUGUGCGGAGACACCGCCCUCCUGACAGCGGUGAGCUUUUCAUAUGUCGCCGACAUCACAGCAGAGCAUGCUCAGAGACAGCGGAGCUUUCGGUUUGUCGUCAACGACCUCAUGACCCAUCUCGGUCUGGGAGUCUCCUUCCUGUCCAUCAACGUGGCCCUGCAGAAAACCAACAACUACUGGCUGGUCUACGCCAUCCUCCUCGUUCCAGCUCUCUUAGCUCUUCUGUAUGUGACCCUGCCAUGCAUCAUCCGCGAGACUGUACAAAGGCGACCGGUCUCUUGCAGCAUCUUCAAGGACCUGCUGCUCAGCAUCUUCCGGCUCUUCAGAAACAACGUCAAUGGCCGGCGUUGGAAGCUCCUCCUGUUGCUGCUCUGUCAGUUCCUCUACGAUUCAGUCUACGAGUCGCUGUUCGGCGUGAUCACAAUCUACGGCCUAGGGGCUCCAUUUUGUUGGCCCCACACAGUCGUUGGCAUGUUUGGUGUGAUCAACUCCAUAAGUCCCGCCAUUGGCUCAGUGUUUGGCAUCAAGCUGCUCUCCCCGUAUAUGUCAGAGUUCAGCCUGGUGAUCGUGGGCUUCAUGUCUGGCAUCGGCCUCUUGCUCUCCACGGCUAUCGCUACCACCAAUGCCUUCCUGGUCUACGUUGCACCUGCCCUGGGUCUUCUACGCGUCCUGUCAACCUCAGUCCUCAAGUCACUCAUGUCCAAGACCGUCAGCAAAGAAGAGCAGGGUGCCCUGUUUGGCUGUGUGGCUGUCAUCGUCAGCAUAGCCCGCUCUGUGUCGCCGUUCUUCCUCAACGAGGUGUAUUCGGUCAUGGUCAGGAUCCACCUACCAGCCCUCACGUUUUGCGUGGCUAUCGGCGUUCUGGUCAUUGCAAUUUUGCUUGUGACACUUAUCCAAAGUUGGCAGUAUUGGCAGCCCAGGGCAGGCUACGCCUCCCUGCAGGGAGAGGACAGGGCAGUCCGUUGCAACUGACACCCCCAAGAACUGGUGGAGCCAUCCCUCACCCAAAGUAAAGGGAGUACUUUCUCGUCAUAUGAAGUUGUGAUUCCAUGUUUACGCACAAAUCUACGGAGGCUGGUUGACAGUGGAUUGCGUAUGACGUGCCACAUGUAAGGAACAUUUCCAACACUGCACCAAUAUUAUUUAAUUUCCUUGUUUUGUGUGGAAAUGACGGGUCUUUGGAAAACACUGGUUGAAGUAAACUGUUCAAGAAGUUGCCUUCCAGCACAGCCUGACCUCUCCGAGCGGAACAAAAGAGGGAGUUCUUUUGGGUACUCACUGCAGAGGCACUCGUUUAUAAUGGAAUCAAUGGCGCAUCUGACGCGGAGCACGCUGAGUAUGCGUAACGAAUUUAUUCCUUAAUGUAUGGUCUUUGGGUACACGCAGAACGCGUGCAA